GAUUUUCUUUGCGGCAGAAAAAUGGUAGCAGAUAACAGAAACAUGAAAUUGAGAUUACAGCAAAAUUUAUGAUUUGAGUAUCAUAGUUUAUAAAGAAUGAAGUUCAAAAAGACAUAGCGAGAGAAGAUCUAUUAUAGCUGCUAGAAUAUGGAAGACAGCAGAAUUUUCCACCUUCGUAGAAUUGGUCCGUCCAAAACACUCCCCAUAGCUGUGGAUCACAUGGACUUUACCAACUCAGUCAGCAUAAUUGGACGAGGUAGAACUGCGGGGGUGGAUUUUAUCAUUGAUUCUGCAAAUAGAAACAGAAGUUUGUAUAUAUCCAGGAUACAUGCAAGGGUUGUUAAACAAGAUAAUAAACACAUUCUGUACGAUGACAGUCGUAAUGGGGUUUUUGUUAACAACUCGAAAAUUGGAGAUAGUAUUCACUUAAAUGAAGGUGACAGAGUAACCUUUGGUCAUCAUAUUGGUGAGAAUCUGGCUAUUGGUACAAGACGUCGCCAACCUGAUUCGGAAUACCAAUUUAUAUUUGAGAGAUGUAAUUGUGGACUGCAAAACCAAGGACGACAGACAGCCAUGGGAUCACGAACUAUGACAAUCAUAGACAGUAUAAACAGUAAUGCAUGUAUGCCAAGAGGUUGCAACACUGAAGUGCCAAUGACAACCUCUGUACAAAGACAAGCAGUCAACAGUUCAAAAAAUGAAAUAGCGGAAAUUAUUUAUAAUAGACCAUGUCACACAGAGAUGUCUGUUGAAGGCAUGCAUGUUAAUGACCCAAUAAGUAAUGACAAUAUCUCCAGGAACAAUGAUCAUGCAGACCUACCCACCAUUGCAGUUAGCAGUAAUUUAACAGAAGCAAUGGAUGAUAAUGCAAAUUUCCAAACCAAUUCAGUUACCAACAGUAGUUAUGAUGUAACUGAAGCUGGUUCUGUUAGAGAUGAGGAAGAAAUAGGAACCAGUUCACUGAAAAAUAACAAUAGCCUUAAAACAGAAACCAGUUUUAUAAAUGUUCAGAGUUUGGAAACUGUUUCAUUGAAUGAGAAUGUCAGUGAUAUGCCUUGCAUGGGGGAAAGAAUUGUUACUAAUGAAAUGCCUUCAGGGGAUGAAAACUUGAUUGAUAAUAAUAAAGAAGAUAAUACAAGAGAACUCAAUAUUUCUAUGGAAUCCAUACAAGAAAGUUAUGAAAGACAAAGUGUGGAAAGUGUGGAAAAUUUAAAUGAAGAAAGAGAUGGAGAGGAUGAUAGUCUUGGAGAAGAUGGUCAUUCUGCUAAUUCUGGCAAAGAAUGUCAAGUUCAUUCUGCUAAUUCUGGCAAAGAAUGUCAAGGUCAUUCUGCUAAUUCUGGUGAAGAACAUCAAAGUGAUUAUGCUAAUUCUUGCAAAGAACAUCAAGGUCAUUCUGCUAAUUCUGAUGACGAAGAUCAAGGACAUUCUGCUUAUUCUGGUGAAGAAGAUCAAGGUCAUUCUGAUAAUUCUUGUGAAGAAGAUCAAGGUCAUUCUGCUAAUAAUUCUGGUGACGAACAUCAAGGUCAUUCUGCUAAUAAUUCUGGUGAAGAAGAUCAAAGUCAUUCUUAUAAUUCUGGUGAAGAAGAUCAAGAUCAUUCUGCUAUUUCUGGUGAAGAACACCAAGGUGAAAAUGGCAUUGAUCAAAAUAUAGAAGAAAUUGUAGAAGAAAACAGGCAACUCACAAGAAAUUCUAGAAGUACUGCAGAUAAUGAAGACAAUGAAUAUAAUGACUUGAAUGUAUCAGAAAUGUUUGAUGAAAGUUUCAGUGAAGAGGAAGAUGAAGUUGAUCUCAACAUUUUAGAGAAUGAUGACAAUGAUGGGGAGGAUGGUGAUGACCAAUUAGAAGAUGCCAACAACAGAAGGGACAAUAGUGAUUCGAAUCAGAAUAACAAAGUAGUCCAUGAAGAGGACAAUGGGGAAUCCUCAAUUUAUUACAGCAGUAGCAUAGACUACAGUCUAGUAGACAUCUGUGGGGAGAAUGACAGCAGCCAGAAAAAUGACAAAGUGGAAAAUGCUGAUGAAGUUGUCAGAUUUGAUGAAAACUCUGACCAAGGUAGCAACAAAAGUGUAGAAGAAAAUGACAAUGAUGUUGUAUUUGUUGGUGAAAAUUCUGAUGAUGAUGUCAGAGAAGUGAAGAGUAUAGAUGAUGUUGAUGGAAAUAACAUUAGAGAUACAGAUAGUGUUGAGAGUUGCAGCAUUGAGUACAAUGAUUUAGAUGGAUCUGGUGCUGUGGACAGCCAUUCUGACAAUUAUGAUGAUCCAUCAUUUAUAGAUUUAGAUGUUUCAGUGUUGGAAAGUGAAGAUGAAGACCAUGAGGAAAGUGGAGAUGAAGAACAUGAGGAAAGUGGAGAUGAAAACCAUGAAGAAAGUGGAGAUGAAGACCAUGAGGAAAGUGAUGAAGAGGGUGAAGAGGAUGAAAUUACAGUUUUAAAAAUGAAAAUAAGAAAAGAAGAAGUAUGUCCUGUAAAGGAAAGCCCUGAAGGCAUUUCAUUUUCAGAAGAAAGUGCUGAUGAAAUAGAAGAGGUUGGAGAUCAUGUUAUUUGUGAUGAAAAGAAUAAUAAACAGUUUGAAGAUAAUGAAAAUAAUAUAUAUGGUAGGAAUAUGGAAAAUAUUACAUAUAAUAAAAAUUCAGAAAUUCAGGAAGAUGAGAAAAAUCCGAAUAGUUCAGAAGAUCAUAAAAAUCACGAAGGUUCAAUUGAGGACAAAUUUCAGGUUAACAAUCAAGAAAGUAAUGCCAAGAACGAAAGUCCAUAUAGUUUUGCAAAUGAUGAGAAGCAAGAAAAUAUUGAAGACAAUGGAAAGAGAGAAAACUUCCAAGAUGAUCAUGAUCAUGAUGAAAGUGUUGAAGAGGAGUAUGAUGAUAGUUUAGAAUGUUCUGUAGAUGAUAUAAAUGAAGAAAGUGUUGAAUCCUAUGAAAAUGAAGAUAAUGUUGUGGAAGAUCUUUUGACAGUUAAUGAAAAGCCAAACAGGAAAGAUGAUGGUAGUCUAAGAAGUAUUGAAGAUGAUCAAGAAAUUGUUGACAACUAUGAAGUUAAACAAAAUGUAUUGGUAUUUAUUGAAACACCAAACAUAAAAGAACAAGAAACAAAAGAGGCUCUAUGUGAACAUACUGAAAUUUUCAUCAAGGAAGAAGGUGAAAGUAAAACAAAUUGUACAUAUGAUCAAAAUCAAGAAAGUGAAGAAAUUGUUGGAACACAAGAAGGUGUUGAAGAUCAUGAAAAGCAAGAAAGUGAAAAAAUGGAUGGAACACGAGAAACUUUUGAAGAUCAUAAAAUGCAAGAAAAUGAUGAAAUUGAUGGAACACAAGAAACUUUAGAAGAUCAUGAAAUGCAAGAAAAUGAAGAAAUGGAUAGAACACAAGAAACAUUAGAAGAUGAAAAACAAGAAAGUGAAGAAAGUAUUGGAGAUCAUGAAAACCAAGAAAGUGAUGAAAUUGUAGAUCAUGAAAAUCAAGAAAUUGAUGGAACUCAAGAAAGAGUAAAAAUUGAUGAAAAGCAAGAAAGUGAAGAAAUUGACAGAACACAGGAAAGUAUUGAAGUUCAUGAAAAACAAGAACGUGAAGAAAUUAAAGACUAUGAAAAACAGGAAAGUAAAGAAAUUGAUGGAACACAAGAAAGUCUUGAAAAACAUGAAAAACUAGAAAGUGAAGAAAUUGAUGGAAAACAUGAAAGUAUUGAAGAUCAUGAAAAUAAAAAAAGGAAACAAAUUGAUGGAACACAAGAAAGUAUUGAAGAAAAUGGAAAGCAGGAAAUUGAAGAAAUUGAAGAUCAUGAAAAUAAAAGUGAAGAAAUUGAUGGAACACAAGAAAGUGUUACAAAACUAGAAAUGGAACAAUGGAAUAGAAUCGGAAAGUCUGACAUGGCAGUCAGUUGCCUGCAAUAUCAAGAAACAAAAAUACACCAAAGAAUUGAUGUGGGAAAUCCUGUUACCACAUAUAGCUCUGCAGGUGAAAUAUUGACACUGGUGUUGGAGGAGAAACCAAAUCUAGAACUAAAGCAGAACUCAGAAAAGGGAAAUGUUCCCAAAAUUAUGGACACUUGUAUCAUUGUGAAUCAGUCAGCAGAAAUUGAAAUGACAGAGGGACAGAUAAAAAAAAUGGUAGCCACUACUGAAGAUUCAUUCGAAGUAGAAAACAUUGUGGAACAGUCAUCAGGGAAAGAGAUGAUAAAGGAAAUAACAUUAACUGAUGAUUCAUUAGAAGAACAAAGCAGUAUGGCACAGUACUCCGUAAAAGAAAUAGCAGAGGAACAGGCAAACAAAUUGGUAGCUACAACUGAAGAUUCAUUAGAAGUACAAAACAUUGGGGAACAGUCAUUGGAAAAUGAGAUGACAGAGAAACAUUCAAAGGAAUUAUCAACAACAACUGCCGAUUCAUCAGAAGAACAAAACAAAACUGAAAAAGAAAUAGCAGAGGGACAGUCAGAGGAAUUGGUAGCCACAAUUGAUGAUUCAUUAGAAGUACAAAACAUUGUUGAACAGUCACCAGGGAAAGAAAUAUCAGAAGGACAGUCAAACGAAUUGGUACCCACAACUGAUGAUUCAUUAGAAGAACAAAACAUUGUGGAACAGACAUCUGAAAAUGAGAUGACAGAGGGACAGUCAGAGGAAUUAUCAACAACAACUGACAAAUUAUUAGAAGAACAAAACAUUAUGAAACAUUCCUCUGAAAAAGAAAUAGCCCAGGGACAGUCAGAGGAAUUGGUAGCCUCAACUGAUGAUUCAUUAGAAGCACAAAACAUUGUGGAACAGUCAUCUGAAAUUGAGAUGACAGAGGGACAGUCAAAUGAAAUGGUAGCCAUAACUGACAAAUUAUUAGAAGAACAAAACAGUAUGGAACAGUCCUCUGAAAAAGAAAUAGCAGAGGGACAGUCAGAAAAAUUGGUAGCCUCCACUGAAGAUUCAUUAAAAGAACAAAACAUAGUGGAACAGUCCUCUGAAAAAGAAAAAGCCGAGGGACAGUCAGAAAAAUUGGUAGCCUCAACUGAAGAGUCACUAGAAGUACAAAACAUUGUGGAACAGUCACCAGGGAAAGAAAUAUCAGAAGGACAGUCAAAUGAAUUGGUAGCCACAACUGUCGAUUCAUUAGAAGAACAAAACAAUAAGGAACAGCCCUCUGAAAAAGAAAUAGCAAAGGGACAGUCAGAAAAAUUGGAAGCCUCAACUGAAGAUUCAUUAGAAGUACUUAACAAUGUGGAACAGUCAACAGGAAAAGAAAUAUCAGGACAGUCAAAUGAAUUGGUAGCCUCAACUAAAGAUUCAUUAGAAGUUCAAAACAUUGUGGAACAGUCUUCUGAAAAUGAGAUGACAGGGGGACAGUUAGAGGAAUUAUCAACAACAACUGAUGAAUUAUUAGAAGAACAAAACAGUAUGGAACAGUCCUCUGAAAACAAAAUAGCAGAGGGACAGUCAGAGGAAUCGGAAGCCUCAACUGAAGAUUCAUUAGAAAUACAAAACAUUGUGGAACAGUCAUCAGGGAAAGAAAUAUCAGAAGGACAGUCAAAUGAAUUGGUAGCCACAACUGAAGAUUCAUUAGAAGAACAAAGCAUUAUGAAACAGUCCUCCAAAAAAGAAAUAGCUGGGGAACAAGCAAACGAAUUGGUAGCCACAACUGACUAUAUUUUAGAAGUACAAAACAUUUUGGAACAGUCUUUGGAAAAAGAGAUGACAGUGGGACAGUCAGAGGUAUUAUCAACAACAACUGCCGAUUUAUUAGAAGAAAAAAACAGUAUUGAACAGUCCUCUGAAAAGGAAAUAGCAGAGGGACAGUUAGAGGAAAUGGUAGCCUCAACUGAAGAUUCAUUAGAAGAACAAAACAUUGUGGAACAGUCACCAGGGAAAGAAAUAUUAGAAGGACAGUCAAAUGAAUUGGUAGCCACAACUGAAGAUUCAUUAGAAGAACAAAACAGCAUGGAACAGUCACCAGGGAAAGAAAUAUCAGGACAGUCAAAUGAAUUGGUAGCCCCAACUGAAGAUUCAUUAGAAGAACAAAACAGCAUGGAACAGUCCUCUGAAAAAGAAAUGGUAGAAGGACAGGUAAAUGAAAUGGAAGCCACAACUGAAUAUUCCUUAGAAGUUAAGAACAAUGAGGAACAGUCAUCAGUAAAAGAGAUGACAGAGGGACAGUCAAAGGAAAUGGAAACCACAACUGACGAAUUAUUAGAAGAACAAAAUAGCAUGGAAAAGUCCUCUGAAAAAGAAACGGUAGAGGGACAAGCAAAUGAAAUGGUAGCUUCAACUGAAGAUUCAUUAGAACAAAAUUUUGUGGAACAGUCCUAUGAAAAUGAGAUGACAGAGGGACAGUCAGAGGAAUUAUCAACAACAACUGAUAAAUUAUUAGAAGAACAAAAUAGUAUGGAAUAUUCCUCUGAAAAAGAAAUAGCGGAGGGACAGUCAGAAGAAUUGGUAGCCUCAACUGAAGAUUCACUAAAAGAACAAAACAUAGUGGAACAGUCCUCUGAAAGAGAAAUAGCAGAGGGACAGUCAAAGGAAUUGGUAGCCUCAACUGAAGAUUCAUUAGAAGUACAAAACAUUGUGGAACAGUCACCAGGGAAAGAAAUAUCAGAAGGACAGUCAAAUGAAUUGGAAGCCACAACUGAAGAUUCAUUAGAAGAACAAAGCAGUAUGGAACAGUCUUCUGAAAAAGAAAUAGCAGAGGAACAGGCAAAUGAAUUGGUAGCCACAACUGAAGAUUCUUUAGAAGUACAAAACAUUUUGGAACAAUCAUCAGAAAAAGAGAUGACGGGGGGUCAGUCAGAUGAAUUAUCAACAACAACUGCCAAUUCAUUAGAAGAACGAAACAGUAUGAAACAGUCCUCUGAAAAGGAAAUAGCAGAGGGACAGUUAGAGGAAAUGGUAGCCUCAACUGAAGAUUCAUUAGAAGAACAAAACAUUGUGGAACAGUCCUAUGAAAAUGAGAUGACAGAGGGACAGUCAAAGGAAUUGGUAGCACCAACUGAAGAUUCAUUAGAAGUACAAAACAUUGUGGAACAGUCACCAGGGAAAGAAAUAAUUGAAGGACAGUCAAAUGAAUUGGUAGCCAUAACUAAAGAUUUAUUAGAAGUACAAAACAUUGUGAAACAGUCAUCGGAAAAUGAGAUGACAGGGGGACAGUCAGAGGAACUAUCAACAACUGAUGAGUUAUUAGAAGAACAAAACAGUAUGGAACAGUCCUCUGAAAAAGAAAUAGCAGAGGGACAGGAAUUGGUAGCCUCAACUGAAGAUUCAUUAGAUAUACAAAACAUUGUGGAACAGUCCUCUGAAAAUGAGAUGACAGAGGGACAGUCAAAUGAAAUGCGAGCCACAACUGAAGAUUCAUUAGAAGAACAAAACAUUGGGGAACAAUCACCAGGAAAAGAAAUAUCAGGGCAGUCAAAUGAAUUGGUAGCCACAACUGAAGAUUCAUUAGAAGUACAAAACAUUGUAGAACAGUCAUUAGAGGAAGAGAUGAAAGAGGGACAGUCAAAGGAAAUGGUAGUCACAACUGAAGAUUCCUUAGAAGAACAAAACAUAAUGGAACAGUCCCCUGAAAAUGAGAUGAAAGGUGGACAGUCAGAGGAUUUGGUAUCCACAACUGAAGAUUCCUUAGAAGAAAAAAACAUAGUGGAACAGUCCUCUGAAAAUAAAAUAGCAGAGGGACAAUCUGAAGAUUUUGUAGCGUCAACUGAAGAUUCAUUAAAAGUACAAAACAUUGUGGAACAGUCAUCUGAAAAAGAAAUGGUAGAUGGACAGUCAGAGGAAUUAUCAACAACUGACAAACUAUUAGAAGAACAAGACAUAGUGAAACAGUCCUCUGAAAGAGAAAUAGCAGAGGGACAGUCGGAAAAAUUGGUAGCCUCAACUGAAGAUUCAUUAGAAGUACAAAACAUUGUGGAACAGUCACCAGGGAAAGAAAUAUCAGAAGGACAGUCAAAUGAACUGGUAGCCACAACUGAAGAUUCAUUAGAAGAACAAAGCAGUAUGGAACAGUCCUCUGAAAUAGAAAUAGCAGAGGAACAGGCAAAUGAAUUGAUAGCCACAACUGAAGAUUCUUUAGAAGUACAAAACAUUUUGGAACAAUCAUCAGAAAAAGAGAUGACAGGGAGUCAGUCAGAUGAAUUAUCAACAACAACUGCCAAUUCAUUAGAAGAACGAAACAGUAUGAAACAGUCCUCUGAAAAGGAAAUAGCAGAGGGACAGUUAGAGGAAAUGGUAGCCUGCUCUGAAGAUUCAUUAGAAGAACACAACAUUGUGGAACAGUCACCAGGGAAAGAAAUAUCAGAAGGACAAUCAAAUGAAUUGGUAGCCACAACUAAAGAUUUAUUAGAAGUACAAAACAUUGUGAAACAGUCAUCAGAAAAUGAGAUGACAGGGGGACAGUCAAAUGAAAUGCAAGCCACAACUGAAGAUUCAUUAGAAGAACAAAACAUUGGGGAACAAUCACCAGGAAAAGAAAUAUCAGGGCAGUCAAAUGAAUUGGUAGCCACAACUGAAGAUUCAUUAGAAGUACAAAACAUUAUGGAACAGUCACUAGGGAAAGAAAUAUCAGGACAGUCAAAUGAAUUGGUAGCCACAACUGAAGAUUCAUUAGAAGUACAAAACAUUGUAGAACAGUCAUUAGAGGAAGAGAUGAAAGAGGGACAGUCAAAGGAAAUGGUAGUCACAACUGAAGAUUCCUUAGAAGAACAAAACAUAAUGGAACAGUCCCCUGAAAAUGAGAUGACAGGUGGAAAGUCAGAGGGUUUGGUAGCCACAACUGAAGAUUCCUUAGAAGAACAAUAUAUAAUGGAACAGUCCCCUGAAAAUGAGAUGACAGGUGGAAAGUCAGAGGAUUUGGUAUCCUCAACUGAAGAUUCCUUAGAAGAACAAAACAUAGUGGAACAGUCCUCAGAAAAUGAGAUAACAGAGGGACAGUUAGAGGAAAUGGUAGCCUCAACUGAAGAUUCAUUAGAAGUACAAAACAUUGUGGAACAGUCAUUAGAGAAAGAGAUGACAGAGGGACAGUCAAAGGAAAUGAAAGCCACAACUGAAGAUUCACUAGAAGAACAAAACAUUGUGUCAUCUGAAAAAGAAAUGACAGAAACAAAAGAAUUAGGAAUCGCAUCUGAAGAUUCAUUAGAAGUAGGAAACUUGGCUGAGCUCUCCACCUCUACAUCUGAACAAACAACAGAUAGAAAAACCACUGUAGGACAGUUUAUUGUUAAAGGUAGACCCGAUAUAGAAACAAUACCUGAAAAUUUAACUGAAAUUGAACAAUUAAUUGAGAAUUCUGUCAAUCCAAAACCAGUCAUUGAAAAUAUUCAUCUCCCAGAAAAAAAUGUAUCAAAUAUCAAACAAACAACAGACGAUGUUGAUGAUCUUCAGGCAACAGAUGAUGUAAAUAAUCUUCAGGCAACAUUUGAUAUUAAUGAUCUUCAAGCAACAGAUGAUGUUAAUGAUCUUCAGGUAACAGGUGAUGUUAAUGAUCUUCAGGCAACAGAUGAUGUUAAUGAUCUUCAGGCAACAGAUGAUGUUAAUGAUCUUCAGGCAACAGGUGGUAAUGAUUUUCAGGCAACAGGUGAUGUUAAUGAUCUUCAGGCAACAUGUGAUGUUAAUGAUCUUCAGACAACAGAUGGUGUUAUUGAUCUUCAGGCAACAGAUGAUGUUAAUGAUCUUCAGGCAACAGGUGAUGUUAAUGAUCUUCAGACAACAGAUGAUGUUAAUGAUCUUCAGGCAACAGGUGAUGUUAAUGAUCUUCAGACAACAGAUGAUGUUAAUGAUCUUCAGGCAACAGGUGAUGUUAAUGAUCUUCAGGCAACAGAUGAUGUUAAUGAUCUUCAGGCAACAGAGAUUGUGGACAAAAUGGAACUCCCACAUGAGAUUUUAGCUAAAAAUGAACUUAAGACAGAACUUGCAUAUAGAACAGAAGAAAUUGUUGGUUUAGACCCAUUGUUACAAAUGGAAGUCAAAGCAGUAUCAAAAGCUGAAACUGUAGACAAAACAAUCUCAAGAACAGGAAUAAUAGACAACAAACAAUUAACAGAAGACACAGGCACCUCUAAAUCAACAGUGGAAAAAUACGCAAAUGCUAAAGCAACAAUAGAAAAUGAAAUCACAAAAGAAUCACUGACAAAAAUGGGAUCGGGAAAUGUAGCAUUAAUAGUGCCACCUAUAGAAACUGAAGUUGUCAAUGAGCCAACAGCAGAAGUUAAAGACUGUGUAAAUCUUGAAACAGAAACUCCAAAAAUUAGAAAUUUAAUAAAUCAAACUGAAGCUGGAACUAAACCAAUGACACAAUUUAUUGCUGUAAGGGAACCAAUCUCUACAGAAGUUGGAAUAGAACAGAGAAGAGAAAUUGUUGUUAAUAUUGAACCAGCAACACAAUGUUUAGGGAGUAAAACAGAUUUUGACAGUGAUGAAGAGUCAAAUAAUGAAAUUGUAGGAUCAAGAUCUGUCUCAGAACAAAACACAACCAAUCAGGAUGCCACAUCAGUAGAUCAAGAUUUAGAACUGGAGAACAGUGAAGAUCCACAGAUAAAUGGGAUGGAAAAUAGCCAUAAAAGCAAAGAAGACACACAGAACAGAAAUAAAAUCAAAUCCCAAAGAUACUUCAUUAAAGAAUCUGCACGCAAUCAAGCUGGGACAUCAGUUGAAAUUAACUUUUUUAACAAUAGUCAAGAAUGGUCAGAUAAAGUUGCAACAGUAGCUGACAAGUUUCCAGCAGAAUCUACCAGACAAACAGAUAAAAGUACAAGUAAUGUAAUUAGCAGAAAAAGAAAAUUACCAUCAGAGUUUGAAAGUACAUGUCCAGUUAAUAACAAAAAGCUUAUAAACGACAUUAAUGAUACAGUAACAGGAUAUUUUAAGAUUAGAGAUUAUAUUAAGAAAAGGUCAAUUGAACCAGUGACAUUGAAGAAAAACUUGAUUAAAGGAUAUGUGCAGAAUUUUUUCCAUAGAAAUAAUAAUAUAGCUUCAAAUCUUGAACAAAAGGAUAUCUUGAUUGAUAAUAUGGGAAACUUUGAUGCUGCAAGACUUCUGAAAAAACAGCAAAUCAAGUAUUUUGUGCAUGAAACCAAGAAUGAUGAAAUCAAAGACCAUGUCAAUGCUACAGGAAAGGCUAUGUCUGAACAUUUGGAAGCAGAUGCUACAGAUUCUACUUACAUAGAUUUGCGAAAUGGACUAAAUAUAAAGGACCUAACAGAUGAAAAUGUAAAUUCCAUUGAAUUUGAACAUUCUGAGGUUGCUGUUUAUGAAAGUGAUGAGGAUUCUGACAGCCAUCCUGGCUAUGAAAUUGUCAUCUUCGGUCAACAGAAUCUGGAUGAAUGUAAAGUUCACCCAACAGAAAAUGAUAAUGUCUCUAGUAAAAUAGACCCAAAUAUUGAUUCAGAAGUAACAACUGUUAUUGAUUUAGUACAAGAAGAAACUAACAGUUGUACUAAAAUGGAGGAAUCACAGGAUGAUGAUGACCAGGAAUGUAAUAUUAAGAACAAAGCAGAUCUUAGCAACAGACCAAACAAGCAAAUUGAACCUGUGUUGCAAACCAGUGAAUCAGAAAAGGACAGUUACAAUGGGACUGCAAGAGAAGAAAAAGUCAAGGAACAUAUAUGUCAAAAUCUGGCAGAUGAAUUACCCAGGAAAGAUUGUUUUAGCCAGAUGAUAAAUGAUGAAGUGGGAGGGGAUAAAAGUAUUAUUACAGAUAAUGAUCAUUGUGUCAAGAUAGCUGAUAUUAAAAUAAUUGAUGUAAAAGGAUUAGAAGAUCUUGAUUCAGUAAAGCAUGAGGAACAAAUGAAGGCCCUUACAGAUGAUGAACAAGACCAGAUAUUAACACAGGCAGAACCAAAUAACAUUGUGGACAUUGAUGACAGUGGAACAAGUGAUGAAGACCUAAUACAAACACAAACUGGACUAGAGGAGAGUGAAGAAGCUGAUAUACAGGUCACUGAUGUUGAACAAGAUCUUGUAGCAACACAGACUGAAUCAAAAAAUUUGGAGAAAAAAUAUACAGAGGAAAUAUUAGAAGAAGGGGUGAAUGUUGAACCUAACAUGGCAGCAACCCAGUCUAAGAUGAAUGAAAUAAAGGAGUUAGGAGAGACCAAAGAUAUAAUGGCAACAGAUGAUCCAGAUCUUAUAGCAACACAGCCAUAUACUGAUGAAUCUGAUGUUAAAGAACUGGAGGAAUCAGUAACGAUUGUCAAGCAUGAUGAAUUUGAUGAAUCUGUUGUAAUUAGUAAUGUUAGUCAUGGCAAUCUGUUUGAGGACACACUAGUAAAUGUUGAUGAAAUAAAUAGUGAUGACACCACUGGUGAAAGUGAUUUCAAACAACCCAUCAUUGAAACAUCAAGUACUUGUACAGAAAAUACAGAUAAAUCUGAAUGCAGAACACAGUUGGACACUUCUGUUGAUCUUUUUUCUGAAAUACAGAACACUAUUGAUAGGGAUGGCAAUCUGAAUAAAGAUGAGUUGACUAAAGAUUGUCAACCAGUUAUGGAUGAAACAAAUAAUGAAGAGACGACAGUAUUGGAUGUUCAUAGUAGUGAGGAUUCUGUCAGCAUAUUGGACAACUACCAGGAAGACAUUGGAGAGGAUGUAGGGUACAAGUCAACACAGAUAAAAGAAAAAACAUUAAGCUGUGAAGAUGAAAAUAGCAAGGAUCAGUCAGACCUGGCUGAGAAUGAUUCAUUUGUAAAUGAACAAAUAGAUGAAAAUAGCAAAGAAAAUUCUAAUUCUAAUGAUGGCUCCCUAACAGAACAUGAUAAAGAUACUGUGGAAAAGAAUGAUUUGUCUACAGUAUUGAAUGAACAAAUAGAUGACUCUAGCAAAGAAAAUUCUAAAGAUGGCUCCCUAACAGAACACGGUAAAGAUACUGUGGAAAACAAUCAAGAAAGUGGUUUAUUUGGGAACAAAGAUGACAACAAAAUUGAUGAUAUUCGGCAAGAAUCACUAAAAGUUGCUGUAGAUUCAUUUGUCUUUGACUUUAGUAACAACUCUGAUUUUGAGGACAGUGAAAAAUUGAUGAUAGAUCUUCAAACAGGCAAGGAUGAUACUAGUCAAUAUGAUUCUGAUGAACAAGUUGAUCUCCAAGCAGGCAAUGAUGAUACUAGUCAAGCAGGCAAGGAUGCUACUAAUCAAGCAGGUAAGGAGGAUACUAGUCAAGCAGGCAAGGAGGAUACUAGUCAAUAUAAUUCUGAUGAAGAAGUGGCUGAAGAUGUUGAUGUUUCCAAUGAAAGUUUAAUAAUUGUUUCAGACAGCACUGAAAAUGGUAAAUCUGACUUUGAAGAAAUUGUUAGGGAUAUUACCAACAAGUAUGAGCUUGACGUUGAUAAUAAAAGCUCUGUCAGUUUGAAUCAGGAUGACACUUAUACAGGCGAUCAUCUUGAAGGAAAAGUAAGAAAAAUCUUCACAAGUUUUAUGAAGUCUGAAUCCAGUACAGAAGAGAUUGAAAGGGUACGCAAUACAUCUGGUAACUAUGGAGAUGACAAGACAAAUCAUAGUACAUAUGCAUUGCCAGACUUUGAAAUUUCAUCUGAUGGUAGCUUACUGAAAUCAGAGAGCAGAAGUAGAGAGAGCUCUGUAGAGUUUGUUUGUACAGUUCCUGUAACACCAAGUGCUGAUUUAUAUAAUGACGAUUCUGAUUCCCUGCCAGAAGUUGAAUUUCUUAGAGCCAGUCCAGCAAAACAUCCUAUUGUUAAAGAAGAAAAGUCUGGAGAUGAUUCUGGAUUAGAAAGUGGCAUUGAUGUGGUAGAUAAGGUUGAUGACUUCAUUGAUCAGAAUUGUAAAACACUAAUAGUCAGGUUGCCAUGCACACCUACGAAAAAGAAUGAGCAAAUAAAGGCUGUAUUUCAUGUCUCCUCAGACAGUUCUAGUCUUGAAAAUAAUACACCUAUUCAGCGGUGUGUUACCCCAGUUAAAUCCCGAGAGUCAACUCCGUCAAAAUUAAAACUUAAGUUGAAAAAACUUGAUGCAGGUGAAGAAAGUCCAAGAAAAAAACAAUUAAGAAAGAAGAAGAAUGAUCCUAGUCCUAAAAAGCAAAAAUCCCCUGUAAAAAUUCCUGAAGAACCAGAUGAUAACCAUAAAAAAAGACCAUCUAGAAAGAAAAGGACUGAUACUAGUUCUGAAAAGGUAACAACACCUGUUAUUGAUGGAGAGGUUCCAGUGAAGAGAGAAGGAAGAAAAAGGAAACUGGAUCAAAGUUCUAAAACACCUGAAAAGAGAAGAGAAACUCCAAGCAAAAAGAAAAAACAAAAUAAAGAAAAACGAAGGUUGAGUGAUUUGAUAGAAGUUUUUACUGAUGAUGACUCUGAAUCGGAGAUGGUGUCAACGUCAUCUAGAGUCAUAACUGAACGGAAUGAAGGGCUUGCUCAAGAUAAUGGUGAACCAAGUUAUGAAGUGGCAACUGCUGAGAGUAGCAGUCUUACAGACAACACAAGUCAAAAAGAUAGUACUGAUAGAUUGGAAUUGUGUAGUCAAGAAACCAAUACUACAGAAAAGGAUGCCGUACAGGGCACACAGUCUAGCAUCAGUGAUAUUGAUAACAUACAUAGUGAGGAUAGUACAGACGGGAAUACACCACCGUGUCAACAAAUGAUACUGCCAGAUGAGGAAAUAUCAGAAAUCUCUUUUUCAAAUACUGUUGUAACCGAUUCAGUGACGGAAGAUGAGAGCAUCUGUUUGGAAAGACUACCAGGUCUAGUUCCAUCAGAUCAGACCACUGCAACUUCUAAUGAUGAAAAUGAAGCCGACUUUGAUGAUGACCAUACCUGCGGAGAAACGUCUCCAGCAAAGGAAAUUGAUCGCCAUGAUAUACAAUGUACAUUUGAAGAUAUUGCAACAGAUGAUGAUGACAAUGAAGAUAUUGGUAACAUUGUAAAUUUUCUUGAAAAUGAAACUGUAUGUUAUAGUGACCUUCAUGAAGACCAGAGAUCACUGAGUGGACAGUCUGACACAGGGGAUGAUUUUCCUACUGUUGAUAGAGAAUUCCUAUCACCUACAUUUGAAAUGGUCAGGGAACCAGAGUCAGGUGAAAAGAAUGGUUUCCUGCCAGAAUCAGAAGAAAACAACAUAGACUCUGAUAAUCUACACAAUAAUGGUGAAUGUGAGUAUUUUCCAAAUGGCAUGGAAACAUCCACACCAAAUGAACUUGAAACGGUGUCAUUGAGGAGGCUGCAAAACUUGGAAAGAAAAUUGCAAGAGAAGUCAUUGAAUCGACAACUUAUGACAAGAAUGCAGACAGAUACUCCUGAUAUCUCAAGAAAUGAUGAAACUGUAUUGUAUCAUGGGGAAGAUAGUAAUGAUAAUGACCAGACUAAAGUUACAUCAGAAUCUAGUGGGAUCCAACACGAGAAACAAUAUGAGCAAGAUGACGACCAGGCAGUAAACAUAGAGGAAGGGUUAAUGAAGAGUUACGAAACUAAUAGAUUUCAUGAAAAGACUGCAGAGGAACAUGUUCCGACACCCCUGCUGAAUGAUGAUUUGAAUAGGAACACUCAGUGUCCUCAGACUGAUGAUAAUAGACUUAUUGAUCAUGACAAUGUUGUGAUGUCUCAACCAAUGUAUUCAGGAGAAGCAAGUCACAAUGACUGUGACUGGGCACAGCUGAUGGUUGAGAAAGAUGGUGAAAAUGGUCCUGCAGUUUAUAUAGAAAAUGUGGGGGCAAAUUUUAGUGGUGAUUUUGAUCCAUUUUCAGGUGAAGAGGACAAUGAUGUGGACAAUGGAACACCUUUGUCUUUACAGUUUAGUAAUAGUAGUUUGACCAUGCCUGCAAAUUAUGAUGAGGAAGUUGGGGAUGAUGAACCAGAGAGAAUGGAACAAGCUACCAAUUAUAGUGCUGCAAAUAAAGAAAAUUUUCUUAAAGAUACUGGACACCAUAGGAUGAGUCAAGACAUCUCCAUCAAGAGAGAUCACUUUGGGAGUUGGAAAGGUAGUUCUAUAGAUUACCAAGAAGAUGAAGGAAACUUUGAUCAAGGCCAAAAUAAGGGUUAUAAUGAACAAAAUUUUGAUAUUUUAUAUGAAAGGAAUUCAAACUCAUUGUCUUCAUACCCACAAAAUAUCAAAGAAGAAAUAAAAUCACCAGAAGAAAUUAUGCCUAAAAGAAAAGCCAAAGAUUUACUGGAAAAACUGAGGGCCAAGAAGAUAAGGUUAUCACUACCAAAACCAACGGUGCCAUUAGAAGUCAACCAAAAUGAUGGACAAGUAGCUGGUCCAAGUCAAGGUCGACCUCCAACACCUGCCAUGUCUGGAGAUUUAGAAAGGUGCAGGGAUGUAGUAUUGAAAUUAAGGAAGUCUUUGACAAAGGAGAAGAAAAUGAAAAACCAACAAAGAGUUGAAGCAUGGAAGCAAGAAUUGAAAGAGCUUGAGAGUAAACUGUGUUCGCCCAAGGUAACAGUGGCUGUUGUAGGAACAACAGGUGCAGGGAAGUCCAGUCUAAUGAAUGCCAUUAUAGACCACUACAAUGUAUUACCUACAUCAGGGACACAGGCCUGUACAGCUGUUGUUGUCAAGAUAGAAAGCAACAAUACAAGUGAUCUGUUUGAAGCUGAUAUUGAAUUUCUCUCCAGAGAGGAAUGGGAGAAUGAACUUCAACUAUUGAAAAAGGACCUAACAGAUAAAAAUGGAAAAAUUAAGAAAGUUAAACCUGACCCAGAAACAGAGGCAGGAGUAGCUUUUCUGAAGAUGAGAGCUGUGUAUGGAAAAUUUGAAACUUUUGAACAGUUGUCCAGACCCACUCCUGUGACGAGAUGUUUGGGAAAGACUGAAACUAUCAAGUCCAGUAGUUCAUCGACAUUCAGAAAUAAGAUUGACAAAUAUAUAGAAAAUACAUCAUCGAAGACAGGUGGACAGUAUUGGCCAAUUAUUAAAUCUGUAACAAUACGUAUACCACAUUGUUCAGUUUGUAGUAAUGGUUGUACAUUGGUAGACUUGCCAGGUGUGAGGGAUUCAAAUGCUGCCCGAGAUAGGAUAGCUAAAGAUUACUUGAAAAACUGUUCUGUUAUUCUGGUGGUGGCAGAGGUCCAUAGAGCUUCAACAAGUAAAACUGCCAAAGAAUUACUAGGGGAUAACUUUCGUCGCCAGCUACUGAUGGAUGGACAGUAUGGAAAUGUAGCAUUUGUUUGUACCAAAAAUGAUGUACUGCAGCCUUCAGAACUUAUAAGAGAGUUGGAAUUAGAUGAUAAGACUGACUGUAUUGAUAAAAAUUUGACUUUGAUGAUGAUUAAGAUGGAUGAGUUAAAACAGACGGAGAGAACUUUAAAGGAAGAGAUACAAUGUUUAUUGGUAGACAUUAGUACUCUGACCAAUGCUGUUGAUGAACUGCAGAAAGAUAUCACUGAAAUUACUGAACUUGUUUCACUUGUAGAUACACAGGAAGAAAAUGAGCAGUUAGAAGAAUUGAGGUCAGAUUUACAGAGAAAAAGUGUAAAGUUAUCAUUGAAACAGCAGGCUGUGGAAGCAAAGGGGAUAAAAGUGGAAAACAUCAAGUCACAAAAGAACCAACUAGAAAUUGAAAUGAAUCACAAACGGAAAACAAUAAAUAUGAUCUGUGCUAAAGCUAGAACCAACUUUGCCAGGAAUGCCAUUAAGAAGGAUUAUAAAGCUGGAGUCAGGGAAAUGAAGAGAAAAGCAAAGAUGACUCAAGAAGAAAUAGAUGAAGACGAGGAAGAUGACUAUGUCAGUGAUGAAGAUGACAAUGAUAAAGACUUAACAAGGUCAUGUGACAAUCUUCAGGUCUUCUGUGUUAGUUCAUCUGAAUACCAAAAAUUGAAUAACAGACUAACAGAUGAUGGACCACCUAUGGUAUUUGAUGAUGAGGAGGAUACAGAGAUUCCAGCAGUAAGACAGUUCAUUAGACAGAUUACUAAUCAGAAGAGAGAAGAAGCCACGAAAAGACUCGUACAGAAUCUUGCAGUUUUUAUCUAUGACAUACAGAACUACUUAACAGAAAAUGGUCUUACAAACAAAAAUGACAGAUUCACAGUACAAUCAGCAGUAGCAGAUUUUUCCUCACGGCUACAGGAAGAGUUAUCUCCAGUACUUGACAGUUUACAACAGGAUGUUGGCCAUGAACUAGACAGUAGUAUAGCAGCACAAUUAAACAGAGGUGUAGAGGUUGCUGUCAACAGUGCUGUAGAUACCUGCAAAGGUUGGAGCUCAUCUGUAAAAAAAGAUGAGAAACACAAAGGAGGAUUAUGUUUCUCAACAUACAAUGCAACAGUCCGUAGAUAUGGUAAUUUUAAGUCACCUACAUCAGGUUUGAUUGACUUCAAUGAAGAUUUGGCAGAACCACUCACUACCAGCAUUAGUAUAGUAUGGACCAAAUUCUUUAGUGUUGAUUUGUGGGACCUCCUUGAGAGACACAAGCUGAGAAUCCUGAAUACAUUACGGUCCUUCACUGGCAGACUUUGUGAUGAACUGCUGUCUUUAAAUGUAUCAAGAAAUCAGCUGGAUACAGCACAAAGACAAUUUCAUUUGAUUUCUGAAACAAAGUUGACAGAAAUGAUUAGGAAUUUGAAAGAGUUUGUAAUAGAAAGACAGAGAGAUAUGAACAGGAUGUUUCCACCAACUAUUCAGGAACAUCUUAAGGCAACAUAUGAAAAUUGUAAGAAUGACAGUGGGAAAGGACUUUUCCAACGCAUGAAGAACAAAAUGGAAGGAGGGGUUGAUAAUGAACGACCUAACAUGUUCCAAAGUGCAUCAAGUACAUUAUUGACUCAAUUGGAACAGUUAAUGAAUGAUGUGAUUGAUAAAGUAAAAGAAGUGUGUUCUACAUUGUGUAGCAACUUACAGGCAGUAUUUGAACCGUUGUGGAACUCUUGUGAGGCAUCAAAACAGCUUAAAAGUACAUUAUUUAAAGACAUCACUGAGGCAGCUUUAGAAAUGUCAAGUUUGUGUCAAACUGCUGGUGUACAGUUACCUAUUAGGUCAGCUAUGAGCACAAGGGAGGCAAUUCAUUUACCAAGGACAACUACACAUGGAACUUCAGGGUUGUCAGAUGUUGCUACGAUGGUAUCUUCUACAAGUCAACAUUCACUCUAUGCCAACAGAGUUGUAGAAUUACCUGGCUGUUCUGCUACAAGUAUAGCAUCUAAUAUUUAUGAUCCAGGGCAACAAGAUCCUUUAAUGCCACAAGCCAGUCAAGCUAUGAAUAAGGGUAUUCCAGGGAAACUAGUGAGGCAUAACACUGCAGUGGAAAUACCACAUUGUGGAAGAGGAACAAUCAAUAGAAUCCAAUCAACAAGUACAGUUACAAGAGCCACUAAUGUCAACAAACAAACUUGUUCAUCUGCAGGAUAUCAGUUUGGAUUGCCUGAAAACAGCCCUCUUCAUAUACAGCCUUCUCCAGCUAAUAUUUUACAAAUUAAACAAGUUGAGGAUAACUGGGAAGAAAAACUUACUCAUGGAAAAGAAUCUUACAAUUUCAUGAUGAAUACAUCAAAUUCAAAACCAUCACAAGUAGCUGUUCAACAGCCCAAGACUUCAGUUGCACAAAAUAAUAGGACCAUUGCAGAGAACCAAUGUCAGCAGUCUGGAAAUACAGCUCCAAAGUAUGUUUCUAUUUUAACUGGUCAUGUGACAUACAAGAAACAAACUGGUAAUAAGGACCUAGCCAAUAAUAGCACACAAAGGGGACAAGGCAAACCAGGAAACAAUAAAGUGAAUGAAGGUAAUUUUCGGCCAUUGAUUCCUACUCCUGGAAGAAGGUCUGUUGAUGGAGGACAUGGAGCAUCUUCAUUGGUUCCCCAGAGUUCAGAAUCAACAAUGCCAGCAGUUUUUCCUACAUUUGGGAGAUCAAGAAGUGUGGGAGGAAAUCAUACUGCUGGACACAGUACAUCCUCAAUAUCUAAACCUGUUUCUACAAUCUCACAAACACAUGAGACCAGACACUCAAACCAAGGUACAUCCACGACAUCUAUACCUGUAUCUACAAUCUCACAAACACAUGGAACUAGACAUCCAAACUCAUUGCUUGUUUUACAAUCACCUGUGAGUGGAAGACAGAAUGCUUGUACUCAUCUUGUGUCGCAGCCAUCUCCUAUUGGACAAUCUGUUGUUCAAACGUCGCGCAUGAAUUCACCCAUUCUCACUAUUCACAGUUUCUCUCAACCAUCUGAUUUUGUACUGGAGCAAAAAACAAACAACUCGUAUGUAAUGAAAACGCCUUCAUGCAUUUCAUCUCAUCAUCCAUUAAUUCCAGGAAAUUAUGUGCCUGUGACUACUGAUGUGCCCUUGCCUUCCGUUAGAGCUAAUCCUACUCUGAGAACUGUUGCACCAACACAGAUGACUUCAGUACAUAAAACUAAUACACAGCCUUUAGACAUUGGUCAACAUAUAGCAAGGUCAACAACACACAAGUUUACAAAAUAUCCUAAUCAUUCAACUGUCAGAAAUACUUUAGAAAUUCCUGUCACUUUGAAUGAUCAAAGGCCACUUACCUCAUUUGUGCAGACAACAAGAACUUGCCAAACAAAAAAUAUGACACAAUCAUCUGCUGUGCCAAAGUCAUGCAGUUCUCAAAAUGUUUCUCAUGUGAGAUCUUGUAUUAAUAGAUUACCAUCUACAACCAAUGUCACAAAUUCAAAGACUUCUAGAAAUUUAAACCCAGUCACAUCUACUGUUGCAAGUUCACCGAUCUCCAGAUUACCUGAAGCAAACUAUGACAGCCUUUCACGUAAUACAAAAUCCUUACAUGAAAAAGCAAUGAUUGAAGACAUAAGAGGAAAAGUUUGGAGACUGGGAAAAAGAAAGCAGAGUGACUAUAGUCAAGGUUCAAAGCCAUCUUUAAACCCAAAUAUCUCAACAUCUGUUGUCUUCACUACUCCUGUACAAAUAAAGACAGAAGCAAUGGAGGAACCAGGACCACCAAAGCGAAGACGACCUCAAAAAGGCAAACCAGUAGUGAUAACUAUUAGUGAUUCAGACUCGGAUUGAAAGAUGUGAAAGUUUAGAUACUGGAAAAAAUGUACAACAAAGAUUAUUAUAAAGAAUGCUAAUGACUAAACAUAUGAUGUUUUGUAUGGUAACACCUUAACAUUAUAUGGUUUUGUAUGGAAACAAUUAAACAAGUCAUGGUUUUGUAUGGUAUCAACAAAACACAUUAUGGUUUUGUAUGGUAACACCUUAACAUUAUAUGGUUUUGUAUGGAAACAAUUAAACAAGUCAUGGUUUUGUAUGGUAUCAACAAAACACAUGAUAGUUUUGUAUGGUAUGGUAUCGUAACAAUGAUACACACCAUGGUUUUUUAUGGAAAAAAUUAAACAGAUUAUGAUUUUGUAUGGUAACUAUGGUAGCUAUUAAACAUCAUUAUUUAAUGUAAAAAGAUAGUGCAUUUAAAGGAUAUGUGCUUAUAUAAAUUUAGUGCUUAAAAUCUAAGAAUGAAGAUUUUACCAUUUUUAUUAUUUUAGAUUUCUGUUUUAUGUAUAAAUUUAUAUUUUAUGCAUGUUAUUGGUAUGAAAAAUAAAAACUUGUAUGUUAUCUGCCAAGAAAUGCUAUAUAUUUGAUGUUGAAAAAAAUUACGACCUUUUCUCAAACAAAAUAUGAUGUUACCGGUGUACAUGUAUAUAUAUAUUUUUUUUCUAGUCCACAUGUUGUGUUCUUGUCAUUUUGUUGACAACUUAUAGUGCUUUAAAUAUAUUAAAAUGAUCAUGUGUUUUAAACAGUAGCAUCUAGUCUUAAUCAAUGCUUCUGUUAUGUGAAAUCUACUGCAAAGCCAUUUUGCAAUGUUUUAUUGUCAAUUUUUGUUUAGUCAGUGAUUCUUAGAACAAGUUGAGGUUACGGGAUAUUUUCAAAAUUUUAUAUUGAUAUCACUUACCAGGAGUCUAUUUGGAGAAUCCCUCAAAAAGAUGGUACAGACUUUUGUUAGCAAUAAAAGUUUAUCGUGAAGACUGGUCACAUGUCCUACAUUGUCAUUCAAGACCAAUAGAAGCUAAUAUUGUGUGUUUAAUAAACGUAUAAAAUUACUUAAGGUGCAAAAGUUAUCUGGUGCUUAGAUUCAUUUCAGUAUUAUUAAAAAAGUUAUUGUACUGUUUGUUUAGUCAAAAUUAUUCAAGAUUCUAUAAAUAGAAUAUUAUGUUCAUGUAAAUAAGAAAGGUGGGAAGAUUACCUAAGUUGUUGUGUUUUGUUGAAAGAAAAAACUUUUUAUUUAGAAUUUCAAUGUGAUUCAAGACUAGUAGAAACUAGUAUUGUGUUUUAUAACUGUAUGAUAGAUACUUAAUAGGAAAAUUAUGAGGUGCUAGGGUAUAUUGCAGUAUUGACGAAAACUCCUGUAUUGUAGUGUUUGUAUAUUGUAUUGUAGUUUUCCUCUUAGUUAGUAGCUCACUUUUAAACUUUCAGUUUUUUGUCUUUACUCAAAUUCUGCAAGUAAUAUAUGAUUUGUUAUAACUUACAAAUAAAAAUGAUUUAUGAUUUGGGUCAUAGAAUUUUGGCACAAUUUCAUAUUAAAGUUUAAACAAAAUUUAUAGCUAUGCAAACUUGUUUAAUUGUUCACAAAUUCUCAGGAUUUUUUUUAUAGAUAUUUAAGCAUUCAGAUAUGUUUUAAAAAAAAAUAGUUCAGAUACAUCUUGCACAUUGAUAGUUCUUUUUGAUGCCAUUAAAUCAAACUUAGUGUAUUUUUUAUACAUAAACAUGUGUGCUUUGUUACCUACUUUUGUAUUUUUCCUUAUAAAUGAAAUGUGUUUUUAAGGCUUGGUUGUGACUGAUGAAGAAAUCAAAAAUACAUUUAUAUGUAAUUCCUCAAUCAAAGUUGUGAUAUAUUAUAUGUUUAAAGAGAAAACACUUGUUCCUUAUCCAUUUUUCCUUGCACUUGUAAUAAGUAACUUCAUUUUAUCAAGACCUAUUUGAAAAAUUGUUACUUAAUAAAAUAAAAAUAGCACUGGUUUCAAGUAUACGAGCUUGAUUCAAUAACUCGACCUGAGUUCAGCCUGGGCAAGUUCACUUUCAACUUGAGCAUUUUCAGUUGCAAGGAAAUAUGAACUAGGAUGAGAUGUUUUGAUGUUAAGUUUGAUAUAUCUGUCCGAAUGUUUUUGUUAUUUUGAUUAUGUGAAAUACAAGAUUACAGAUUAGCAGAGUUUCAUUUUACUUUUUAAAAGUAAGAUGUUUUAUUUGAAGAAAAACUUACUUCAGAUGUUUAUAAUUGUUUUGAUUUUAUACCAAAGAUGUAUAAAUUAUAUAGACAAUUAAAAAAGGAAAUGCA